CUCUCUAUAUCUCUGGUCAGGUGAUGGCUGUAGAUGCCUGGCUGUGGGCACUAGGGCUCAUGACUGGGCUGAUCUGGGUACACUCUGUGGGAUUCUUCUGUACUCUGCAGACCAGGCCCAUCUCUGGGAGCCUAUAUAAGGAAGGUGAUGUAAUUAUUGGGGGUCUCUUUCCUGUUCAUUUUGAUGCCCCUGAACCUGAUCAGAUGUUCACACAGAGAGUACAGGGAGCCCGUUGUCGGGGGGCUGACUUGAGAUCAUACGGUUGGCUCCAAACUAUGAUUUUCACAGUGGAGGAAAUUAACCGGAACCCAUCUCUAUUGCCCAACUUCACGCUGGGCUACCUGGCUGCAGAUACAUGCUUGGCUGAGAGCAAUACGCUGAGUGCUGCGCUGGCGAUGGUGACUGGGCAGGUGGAGACAGUGUCUGGGGAACAGUGCACCAUGGCUCCCAGCGUGCCUGUCAUUAUUGGAGAUGCACGUUCUUCUGCCUCCAUAGUGGUGGCUGAUACCUUGGGUGUUUUUGACAUUCCUAUGGUUAGCUACUUUGCUUCUUGUGCAUGUCUCAGUGAUCGCACCAAGUACCCCUCCUUUCUCCGCACUGUUCCCAGUGAUGCCUUUCAGGCUAAAGCCAUGGCCCGUCUGCUGCGCCUGAUGGGCUGGACCUGGGUGGGUGUCAUAUCUGGAGAUGAUGUAUAUGGAAAAAGUGGUGUACAGCUGCUGCUACAGGAACUGCAAGGUUCUGGCGUAUGCAUUGACUACUUGGAGAUCAUUCCCAAGUCCUUUGCACCAAACAGGAUGAGAAGAAUUGUACAGAGAAUCCAGAGCUCUAAAGCUUGGGUAGUGGUGACCUUUGCUAUCAGCCCCGAUAUGGAGGUCUUGUUGAGAGAAGUGGUGAGACAGAAUGUGUCCGAUAGACAGUGGAUCGCUACUGAAGCCUGGAGUACUUCCAGCCAGCAUGCUGCUUUGAGUCCUGCCUACUUGGCUGGUACUCUUGGUUUUGCUCUGAGGCAGGUUGAUAUCCAGGGUUUGGGCUCCUAUUUGACCCAGCUGAACCUAGAGGAGUACCCAAAUGAGCCACUGGUGCAAAGUGUUUGGGAGGAGUUGUUUGGAUGCAAAUUUGGGGAGCAAGCCCAAAUGGGACUUCCAAAACCCCAAUGCACAAGCUUGGAUAAAAUUAAAGAACAAGUUGAAACCUACUUUGAUAUAAAUUAUAAUGUGUAUAAGGCUGUGUAUGCUAUUGCAAAUGCUAUUCAGGACAUGCUAGCAUGUCAGCCUGGCAAAGGACCUUUUGGGAAUGGAGAAUGUCCUGAUACUAAGUCAAUAAGACCCAAACAGCUUCUACACUAUCUAAAGGCUGUACAGUUCACAACACCAGUGGGUGAAUGGGUUCAUUUUGAUGAAAACGGGGAUCCAGCUGCCUCAUAUGACAUAAUUAACUGGCAUGUAGGAGCUGAAGGAAAGGUGGAAUUCAUGCAAGUGGGCCAUUUUGAUGCAGUGAAAGGACCUGAGCGAGACUUUCAACUGGAUCUCGGGAAAGUGUUCUGGGGAGGAAGCUGGGGUGGCAUGGUCCCAGUGUCUGUGUGCAGUGAGAGCUGUCCUCCUGGCACCAGGAAAGCUGUGCAGAAAGGAAGGCCUGUCUGCUGCUAUGACUGUAUACCGUGCGCAUCAGGGGAGAUCAGCAAUGCUACUGACUCUACAGAGUGCACCAAGUGUCCUGAGAGGUUCUGGUCCAACACUGACCGGACAGAGUGCAUCCCAAUGGUAGUGGAGUUCCUGUCCUUUCAAGAUAACAUGGGCAUCAUCCUUUCAGUGCUUUCAGCUGCUGGAGCAGCUCUUACCAUUACUGUCCUGGCUGCCUUUUUCCGUCAUCGAGACACACCCCUGGUCCGUGCCAACAACUCUGAACUGAGCUUCUUGCUGCUGCUGUCACUCUCUCUUUGUUUCCUGUGUGCACUGGCUUUUAUUGGCCGGCCAGCACCUUGGUCCUGCAUGCUACGCCAUACACUGUUUGGGAUUAGUUUUGUGGUGUGUCUGGCUUGUGUGCUCAGUAAAACAGUAGUAGUGCUUGUGGCAUUCAGAGCAACUCUGCCUGGCUCAAAUGUAAUGCGGUACUUUGGUCCUGUUCAGCAGAGGGCAGGUAUUUUCCUCUGUACGCUGAUUCAGGUGGGGAUCUGUGUGUUUUGGCUGGUUCUGGCACCUCCUUUGCCCACUGAAAGUGCAGGAGGUGAGCUUGGAGCACGGGUGGUACUGCUAUGUGCCGUAGGCUCAGUGGCAGGUUUCUCCCUGGUUCUGGGUUACAUCGGCCUACUGGCUGCUGUCUGCUUCCUGCUGGCCUUCUUUGCCCGGAAGCUUCCGGACAAUUUCAAUGAAGCCAAAUUUAUCACUUUUAGCAUGUUGAUCUUCUGUGCUGUGUGGAUCGCAUUUGUUCCAGCAUACGUCAGCUCUCCUGGGAAGUACACGGUAGCUGUGGAGGUUUUUGCCAUCCUAGCCUCAAGUUAUGGCCUUCUGCUGUGUAUCUUUGCCCCAAAGUGUUACAUCAUCCUACUCAGACCAGAGAAGAACACGAAAAAGAAUAUGAUGUCCAAAUAG